AUAGAGUCGUGAGCGGGAUUGGACCACGUGGCGCUCCCAGCGAACUCGACCGUUGCAAUGUGCUUAUUCAAUCAUCCAAUCCACCAUUCCUUUCCUUGCCUUGUCUGCCAUCUUCAUCCCCGUCAAUCUCUCUCUCUCUCUCUCUCUCUCUCUCUCUCUCUCUCCCCGCAUGGCGAUCGCUGCAGAAACCCAGGCUCAAGAGAAGGCUUCUUCAGACGUUUCUUCAGUGGAGAAAAGAAGAUGGAGUCUUAAUGACUUUGACAUUGGAAAACCCCUCGGACGGGGAAAGUUUGGUCAUGUCUAUUUGGCAAGAGAAAAGAGGAGCAAUCAUAUUGUGGCACUGAAAGUCCUCUUUAAGAGCCAGCUGCAACAGUCUCAGGUUGAGCAUCAGCUUCGCAGGGAAGUUGAAAUACAAAGUCAUCUCCGACAUCCGAAUAUUUUACGCCUUUAUGGAUACUUCUAUGAUCAGAAAAGAGUUUAUUUGAUAUUAGAGUAUGCAGCCAAAGGUGAACUUUACAAGGAACUUCAGAAGUGUAAAUACUUCAGUGAAAGACGUGCUGCUACUUAUGUUGCAUCAUUAGCCCGUGCCCUCAUAUAUUGCCAUGGAAAGCACGUGAUACACAGAGAUAUUAAACCAGAGAACCUUUUAAUUGGUGCACAGGGUGAACUUAAAAUUGCAGAUUUUGGGUGGUCUGUGCACACAUUCAAUCGCAGGCGAACCAUGUGUGGUACUCUGGAUUACUUGCCCCCUGAGAUGGUGGAGAGUGUAGAGCAUGAUGCAAGUGUGGAUAUCUGGAGUCUUGGUGUCCUUUGCUACGAGUUCCUCUAUGGGGUACCUCCUUUUGAGGCCAAGGAACACUCUGAUACGUAUAGAAGGAUUGUGCAAGUUGAUCUCAAGUUUCCUCCUAAACCAAUUGUCUCUUCUGCUGCAAAGGACCUCAUUAGUCAGAUGCUUGUCAAGGAUUCUUCUGACCGUCUGCCGCUACAUAAGCUUCUUGAACAUCCAUGGAUUGUUCAGAACGCUGAGCCCUCUGGUAUAUAUAGGUUUUAAUCUGCCUUUUCAGAUGUUGGUAAUGGAAGGCAUAUAUCUUGUCAUUGUAGCAGGUUCCUUUGGAGUUUAAAAACUUCUCCAUUCAGUCUUCUUCAUUGCAUUUGUGACAUAAACAGUUCAUAACAUGAAUUUGUCGAUUCUUUUGAGGAUAUAUUCCAUUGUAGCAUUGUUGUUCCUCCCAUGCAAUACAUUGCAGUUGU